AUCGCGUGGAAUGGCCGACGUCGCAGUGGCACUCAGUUGUAAAUCGCGCCACACAAUAAUGCAUAAUCGCGCCUAGCCUAACUAAAUCAUACGUGUUGUGUGUGCGUCGCGUGAGUGUCCCACACCGCCAGCGAACGAACGAAUUCGAGUCGGCCUGGAUGCGAAUAUUAUGUGCGACGUGCAGUGUGCGCUCGCGAUGAAGUCCACCGAUUGCGACAGCACGCAGCCGGAGCCCGACCAGCUGCCGCCCGCUGAAGUCUCGCGCCUUAAGCGCACAUUCACGCUGCCGCGGAAUCCUCUCACGCGUAUCUCCAAGCGCAAGCCGAAGACAACGCCGCCGGCGGACAACAACAACGCUGACACACUGCAGCCGCCCGGCGAUGUGCGUUCGGCGACGCUGGCGCGUCCAAACAAUCGCGACGCUGAUGAUGUCCAUCGCGCCAGCAAGAAGGUAUUCCGUCGGCCGUCCUUCCGUAAGUUUAUCAAUAAAAUCGCCCAGCACAUCGGCGGCGUCCAGCUGCCGAACGGCGAAAGUCGCGUGCCGCCCGUCGGCCUGCAGACUUGGGGCCCGGACGACACGCCCGGCGUCACCGGCCUGCGCAACCACGGUAACACCUGCUUCAUCAACGCCGUCCUGCAGUGCAUCUCGCACACGGACGUCCUUGCCGAGUACUUCGUCCUGGACCGCUACAAGAUCGACCUGUCGCGCCGCAACAAGCUCAACUCGAAGAAGCACGGCACCAAGGGCGAAGUCACCGAGCAGCUGGCCGUCCUGCUGAAAGCACUCUGGUCGUGCCAGUACAACCCCGAGUUCUCCACCAUCUUCAAGCAGAUCGUCGAGCGUUAUGGGGUGCAGUACAAGGGCACGCAACAACACGACGCGCUCGAAUUCCUCAUCUGGCUGCUGGACAAAGUCCACGAGGACCUCAACAUGGCACCCAAGAAGAAAUUCAGAUCCAUCAAGACACUGGGCCGACCCGACGAGGUGAUUGCCGCCGAGACGCUGGAAAACUACCGUCGGCAGAACAACUCCUUCAUUCAUAGCGUCUUUCAGGCGCAGUAUCGCUCCUCGUUGAGUUGUCCACGAUGCCUAACGCAAUCCAACACCUUCGAUCCGUUCCAAUGCAUCUCAGUACAGCUGCCGCAACUCUUCAGGCAUUCCGUCUAUGUUACAGUGUUGUACACGUCGCAGCAGCCGCGCGAGGUGAAAAUUGGCGUGUCGCUUCCAUCAGGUGCCACCGUAUCGGAACUGCGUGAUUUGCUCGAGUCGGACACGUCAAUCGCGCGCACUGAUAUGCUGCUCACCGAGAUUGGUGAUCAUGGUUUUCUGCGUACGUUCACCGACGCGCAGAGCGUCAACGGCAUUACCGAGGUGGAUCCAGUCUACUGCAUCGAAGUGCCGCAGUUAAAGGACGUGGACGAGGAGACGCAGGGCGCCUACGUGCUGCUGUGCUGGAUCAAUGCGGUGGAGGAUGCAAAGGAUGCCAAAAAUAACAAUAGCUUUAAGAGAUUCGGAAGUCCCUACACGAUGCAAGUGAACAGGGAGACGUCGUACGCCGACCUGCAGAAGCUGAUGCUGAAGGAGAUGGCGCCGAUACUGCACGAUGACAUUCUCACAUCAUCCCAGCCAGCAGGCGUGUAUAAAAUGCGCAUUUCCGAUCCGGCGUACAACUUUAACGAGCCGGCGACUUAUCUGGAGCCCUCAUUAGAGCAUCCUUUGUUUAUGGAGGCAAUCGAUCAGGCGCUGGCGUUGUGCAGCGAGGACGGAGGCCCGCCGCAUGUGAAACUUGUACUGGAGUGGAGCGCUGACGCUAAACGGACGAUCAUCGCCGAUGACAGCGAGUUGGUCGAAGAGCACUCCAGUGUCAAGCAGUUGAAAACGCAGGCGUUGCAGGGCGGCGCGCCGCUUACGCUUGAAGAGUGUCUGCGGCAUUACACGAAAGCUGAGACACUGGAUGAUGCAUGGCGGUGUCCACAGUGCCAGAAAUAUCAGCCGGUUAUCAAGACGCUGGACAUGUGGAGUCUGCCGGAUAUCCUCGUCUUUCACUUCAAGCGUUUCAGGCAGCAGACGGUGAAGGGCCGCACGAGCAGCACGAAACUCACCACAAUGGUGGAUUUCCCAGUGCAUGCGUUUGACAUGACGCCACAUCUCGCCAAUAAAUCGAAUGCUAAUCUCCAUCAGCAACAGCAACCGCCAACGGAGCAGUCGAAUCCGGUUAUUAUGAACGGUGUCAAUUGGUCGCCGUGGAAACGCUCGCGUAAACAAUCCACCAUUAAUGAUAACACCUACGACUUGUAUGCGGUAUGCUACCAUCACGGCACGGAUCUUGAAACCGGGCAUUACACUGCAGCGUGUAAAAAUCCAUACGAUAACAACUGGUAUUUGUACGAUGAUGCAAAAGUGACGAAUUUAAGCGCGGAAAGUGCUGAAAUUGGCGCUGAACUUGUCAAUAACAGUGCGUACAUCUUGUUUUAUCAGAAACGCACCGGGAUUUACGUGAGCAGCAGUUCGAAUUCAAGCAGCGCCGCCAGUACAAGUUCAGUUGGUUCCAUUGGUGACCACUGGGUGGUACGCAUGCCCAAGUUUGUCCCUCCGAAGCUCAACAAGGAGAAAGAAAAAGAAAAAGAGAAGAAACCUACUUUGCCGACUGUGACGAACACUAUGAAAUCGGCGAGCAACACGAAUAUCUCUACGAAUGCAACAAAAGUGAACAACGAAGCAACGGCGCCCAUCGUCAGCAGCAACUCGAUUGAAUUAGAACUGGACGAUGUUGCGAUUGCGGACACUGCGGACAAUCGCAAUGAGGUCGAUAUGAACAAGGAGGAUAUUAAACUCGUCGAUGAGGUGACAUUGCGCAAUUCGCAGAAUACAAUCUACAACAGCAACAAUUCCAUCCGGAAGGUGGACGAGAAGAACGAGAAUAAAAAGUACAUUACUGGUAUUUACAUAAAUGGCACCGACGAUCCGGAGAGAAAGUGUAAGAGCCUGGUGGUCGAGGCCGACACUAAAUGUGUUAUAAACAAGGAGAGAUUGAGCUGGAUGUCGCCGCAACCGAUGCGCAAAUUGCACGAGUCGCAGGUGUCGGUCUGAACGUUUUUUAUGUGUAACAUAUUUGUAUGAAGGCAUACCACUCACUCAUUGCUGCGAAUGUGAAACGUGUAAGAAUGUAGCAUAGGUUUUUACGUUAUUGUUGAUCACAUGAUUGAGCGCGAACCACGACAAGGCCAAACUAGAGAGUCCCAUUUCCAAAAAAAUUCGAUUUACAUUUUGUACAAGCAUUGUGAUUGUGCGUUGUACAGUGAGAUUGAUGAUUGGUAGAGGCAACAAGCAUACGAAAAAUUGUUUAUACAUAUAUACUGGUAUAUUCUGCCUAUUUUUUUAGCGACUCUUCGUAUAAAAAACGUUGAAAGAUACAUUAAUUGUCGAUGUGAAUAGAAUGAAGUCAGAUAUAUUGAUAUGUAAGGUUAAGUGAAGUAGUUCAGUGAUGAAAAAUUGGCAAUUUGAGAGAUAUAUAUACCAAAAACACGGGUUUUUUGAAAGCAGUCAAACGCUCCGAGAAACACACGGAAUAGUUAUGUAAUAAACUGUCGCGUUAAAUUAAUGAAACACAUCGAUUUGGCUAUUAAUUUAUAUUUUCAAAAAAAAAAAUUGAAAAAAAAAAACACGCAGAGAAACCUAUUGUAACUAGCAAAAUAUUUAUUAUUUAUACAGAAUACUACGUUUACGAUAAUUAUACACAUUAAUAUUUUUCUAGUUAGCUGUAAUUGUGAAGUUAAUUAUCUAUUUAAAAAAUUCAGAGCGUUUAUAUUUUCUUUGCUGUGUAUGCAGAAUUUGUGUUGAAUAAGGUCUCACAUUGUUAAUAAUCAUGGAGUCUCGGCGCGAAUUCAUUCAUGUAGAUGCAAAUACAUGUUUUACUCAAGCUUGAUUCGUUGAGAGAGAGUCUCCCUGAUUAGAGAACAUUCUGACUCUGCGAAGUAUUCUUUUUGUUUCUAGAACAAACUGCACUCACUGUGGCAAUGCGUGUUCGACAUCAAUGUUUACUUGGCACAUUCAGCAUGUGUAGCUAUUUGUUAUUGUAUAUUUAUUUCAUUUUUUUAAUUUAUAUCCUCUAUGUAUUGUUAAUUUGACAUGUUUUAGCAAGUUUCAUACUUUUAUUUCACGCACACCGCCAGAGGGCACUCGAUUUCGAUGUUGUCAAUGUUUCACCAUCAUUCAUAGUGAGUUUUUCAAGUGACUACCAGUACAUUGCAAUUACCCAAUCAAACAAAUCGUUAAAUCAUAAAGAACUAAGACUUUUAAAUAUUAAUACAAACAAUAGGCGUUUUGUGUACGACGAAUCGCAUCCCACCGAUCAUGACAGACGAACCAGUUGAGAGAGGUAUUUCAUUUCGCUUUACACUUUAUACAAAUUUUGUGUUCGAUACCAAGGAGAAAAACAAAAUGUAUGCAUAUAUUACUAUUAUAUUUUAGAUAUUUUGCUAGUCAUCUAACAAAUUACAGUAAACGUUAAUCAUUUGUUGUAUGUGGCACAAGUUGUAAACAAAUCAUGUCGUUGGCAACGCAGGAAAUCCAUUUCAAAGCGCGCGCCUGUAUCAUGUUCACACGGAAUUCCCCCGGGUAACAAAUGCGUUACUGCGAUAAUAUUCUCAUACAAUCCGCCAUUCGAUGGCGAAGAUGUGGUGUGACAGAAGAACACUGAACAAAAAUUGAAUAAUAGCCGUAAACCGUCAUUUCUAUUGAUCUACAUGAAGAAUUAUAAUUGCAUACGUGCCUUAAGAUUACAAUUUUAGAUUCCUUUGUUAAUUUCACAUUGAAUAUAUUUGAAUAUAAUACAUAAAUAUAAAAUAGA